AUGUUUACGCAACCGGCGCCCCCGUCAACCACAGGCCUCUUGUCGCCAACCACCGACGCCGCCUCAUCGUCACCCUCUGCAGUCAGUUCUAGGGGCAGCAGAUUGAGAGGUUUGAGUUAUCUGCGCAGUUAUACGCAGACGCAUCUAUUGUCGCGCGAUAGUGGUAUCAGCACCCAGCCUAGUGCGUCGGCCGCCUCUGGAAGUCCUAGUUCCAGUACGAGUGCCAGUGCCACUCAGCACACGCCACUCACGCGAGCUACCCACUCUGCUCUUAGUGUUACCAGUGGACGACGACGUGCACGCCAGUCCGGUGAUCCACCCAGUACUUCCAAAGACCGAAAUCGCAAAACCACGUCAGCACAGAACGCGCAGCCUGGUCGCGACUCCAGCCAGGAUUCACAGCCUGAACCAAAUUCAGAUUCAGACUCUGGCCGCGGCAAGAAGCACAAGACCGGUACCGAGGAGGAUCGUCAGGGCGCCACCGCUGAAAGUCAGGACAACCAGGCUCAAUCGUCGAGUGCUGCUGCUGCUGCAGACAUGGCGCGGGCACGAUCGGCCACCACAGGCGACUUGUCCACAGAAGUACUACCCUCCAUCCGCUUCUCAGCCCACUACGAUCCCAGGUCGACGCGGCAGUCGCUCUCCUUUACUCCCAUCUCGCGGACAUUACCAACAGGAAAGGAAAGCAUCAAAGUCGGCCGCUACUCCGAGAGAGAGCAACAGCAAAUAGUGCCUGCCAACAUACCUUCGGCAGCUCCCGUCGGAUUCAAGAGCAAGGUCGUCAGUCGGCGGCAUUGCGAAUUCUGGCACGAGGAUGGCAAGUGGUAUAUCAAAGAUGUUAAGAGUUCAUCCGGAACGUUUCUAAACCAUGUCCGACUAUCACCGCCGGGCAACGAGUCCAAACCGUUCCCCGUUAAUGAUGGAGAUAUUGUGCAGCUUGGUAUUGAUUUUAGGGGAGGAGAGGAGAUGAUCUUUCGGUGUGUCAAGAUGAGGAUUGAGCUGAACAGAGGCUGGCAAAGUAAACCCAACAAUUUCAACAUGGCUACACACAAGCGCCUCAGAAACUUGACCUCAACCACGGACACUAACGCCGGCAGUGGCCACGCACAAGACUGCUCCAUCUGUUUGAAUGCUAUUGCUCCAUGUCAAUCUCUCUUUGUAGCACCCUGCAGUCAUACGUGGCACUACAAAUGUAUCCGGGAACUACUCAUAGGCCCCUCUCAUCCAAUUUUCACAUGUCCCAACUGCAGGGCCGCUGCUGACCUGGACGCUGAUGUGGAGGAACCCGACGAGGAAUGGCAGCAGCUGGACUCUGGCGGCGAAGAUGUUAACAUGGAUGCAAGAGACACACCGGAGGCUCCUGUGGAUGCCCCUGCAGAUCGGUCUACUGAUGCCGCCCAGAUCAACACUGUUGACGGUGCUACCGAAGAGCUAGCUUCGCAAGCCCCUUCAGCAGUGGAAGAGAACGGAGACGUCACCAUGAUGCUGGACAACCUACCUGCAUCAGCAGACCAUGCUCCGACAGCAUCGGAAACCUCGACCCCAAUACCCAUUCCGCGACCCAGUCCCAUGGCAGUUACUAGUUCCAACGGUCUACCCGACGCAAGACGGACGCCAUCACCGCCAAAUGCUGGGGCUACUGUUCAUGAUGGUCCACUGACGCCGCGUAAUGACGCUGGGCCGUGGGUAUUUGACGGAGAUGCGGGACGGUCCUCUCAGGACGUAUCAAGACCAGGCGCAAUGGUUAAUUUGGAUGCAGCCGCAACAAGAGUACAAUCGAACGCGAUUUAG